AUGUCAUCGGCCAAGAGGAUCGUCGCACAUGAGCUUCGAGUCAACCGUGUUUUCGAGGAACUUGGGGUCGAUGUUGCGCCUCGCCCCAAACCUCGUAAGACUUCGAAACUGACACGAGAGGUUGUCGCAUCAGGCUCAGAGCAGGUCGGUGGCGGAGGCAGAGGGAAAAAGAGGAGAGCCGAGAGUACAACUUCAAAGGCCGCGGCAGUGGCCUCAGAGAAGGAUGACAGCCAAGUGAGAGUCGUGCUCGAGGCUGCGAAAGCGAAACAAAAGACAUCUAGCCUCGAGGCCCAAAAGAAGAAGGAAAAACUUGGACAAGGCACUUCGAGUGAGGCUGCGAAAUCCGAGCUCGAGGCCGCCGGCGCGCUUGCCGGCAUGAAAGCAAAGAAAUCUACAAGAAAAUCUCGCGUCGGCAAGGCUAGCAUUCCUCCAAAGGAGUCUGAGACCGAGGUUGCUGCGCCUCCUCUACACCCCGAGGCAAACCCUUCGAAGGGAAAGAUCGUGGAGACUGUUGCUAAGGAGAUGAAGGCGUCUGCUUCAAAGGCGGCAAAGCUAGAUUCCGAUUUGCCGCCUUCAUUGAAAAGUUACAACGAGGCCUUCGGCACCGAACUUAGAGAGCAGCUGGUGUCCAUUCAUUUGCCGGGGUCAGACGAGGCGGCAAGGGGGGGUUUCAAGAGCUCAGAGAGGGAUGGCGGCGAGGAUGAUGACAAGGAAGCUAGCGAGAAUGGAGAGGUCAGUCCCUCCCAAGGUUUGGAUAAGUCAAAGGCGCCUGCCGAGGCUGACGACGAGGACAGAGCUUUUGAUCCCGAGAAAUAUGAAAAAUCUGCUCGUUGCUUCGGGCCUAGCGACCUAGCUAGGAUGUCAGCUACCCUCAGUUAUAAGUCUGUUAUUCUGAGUAAGCUCACUGUCGAAAAAGCUGAUGAGAGGGAGAAGUUCAUGCUUAGCCAGAGCACGAAGAUGGCUGAGCUCGAGGCCAGAGUUGCGAAGCUCGAGAAAGAGAACAAGACCUUGGACAAUAUAAAAAAUGAUCUCUCCGAGGCUAACUCCGAGCUUAAGAGGAAUAAUGUAUUGCUUACGAAUACCUGUAGCGACCUUGCUCAGCAGGUCGACAAGCUGGAGAAAAGAGCCGAAGAUAAUCUUGGCGUUUUGGAGAAACUCCGAAAUACCGCAGAGAAAGAUGCGCAAACUAUCGCAGAGCAGGAAAAAAUGAUUCAUACCCUUGGCGAGAAUCUCCAAGAGCAAUAG